CGCCUACAAAGGUCCUCCCACUCUUAAAGAUAGGCUUCAAAUUGCGACUCUCGUACGCUUCACCAGCUUGCCUACGUACCCAGGGUGAUUGUAGUAUCGACGCCGAUCUCGAAUGUUGAUUCGUCGCAAAACGCAUGACAGGUGACAUCCUUCUCUAUAUCAUACUGAAUCGCAGGCGCGCUUUCUUGCGGUCGACGAAAUCGUUGGUACUCAGCGUGGCCAAGGUUAUGAGUUAUAAGGAGCUCGAGGAGCCCCGAGCGAAGCGCGCUGCGAAAGAAACAGUUGUCACAAGCAAGGUACAGCGCAGGUGUAAGCGCAAGGGUGUGCUAGAUAGUGAUGCAGCAGAGUCUACGACUAAGGUGUCGCGCACCGGCAAAUCACUGGAGCCAUGGAAAGCUCUAGUGGCGCGAAUGGUAGCUAGAGACUGGGGUUAAUUUUCCGAAGACUUGUUAGAAACGGCCAGUUUAAUCUUCUUUCACGCAUAGAUGUACAUAACAGAUCAAGACUAGGGAGUCGUAUUCAAGCCAUUAACCCAGCAAUCCUAAGGUUGGUUGGAUUGCAAAAAG